GCGAGGGUGCCGCCCGCUGCUCCUAUUGCGCAUGUGUGGGAGGGUUUCCCUGACAGCGAGGGAAGCCUGGCCGCGGUAGAGGGGCGCUGACCCACUGGCCUUCUGCACGCUUGCGCCCAGCUGGUCCCUAGGGCCUUUGCCGGCGGUCCUCAAGGGCUCCAUGUGUCCAUCCUACUUGUGUGCUUCGGGUCUGCCAACAGGGUUGCUCAUGAAGGUGUUAUUGUUAAGACAACUAAAAAACAGUGGAAUGGACAGAAAAUGCUUCCGGCGUCUUGGGUUAGGCCCAUCCGCGCUGUACACAGUCCUCCUAGGCGGUAUAUUCGUUACUCUAAGUUCAAGUCGCAUCUUACUGGUAAAAUAUUCUGCCAAUGAAGAGAACAAGUAUGACUAUCUCCCUACCACUGUGAAUGUGUGCUCUGAGCUGAUAAAGCUGAUUCUCUGUCUGCUUGUGUCACUCUGUGUUAUAAGGAAAGACUAUCAUCAAAGUAGACAUUUGAGAUGUAUUUCCUGGAAGGAAUUCUCAAAUUUCAUGAAGUGGUCCAUUCCUGCCUUUCUCUACUUCCUGGAUAAUUUGAUUGUCUUCUAUGUCCUCUCCUAUCUUCAGCCUGCCAUGGCUGUUAUCUUCUUGAAUUUUAGCAUCAUAACGACAGCUCUUCUAUUCAGGAUAGUGCUGAGGAGGCAUCUGAACUGGAUACAGUGGGCUUCCCUCCUGAUUCUGUUUUUGUCUAUCGUCGCCCUAACUGCCAGUACCAAAACUUCACAGAAUGACUUGGCGGGACAUGGAUUUCAUCACGAUGCCUUCUUCACACCAUCCAAUUCCUGCCUUCAUUUCAGAAGAGAAUGCUCCCAAAGGGACAAUUGUACAGCCAACGAGUGGACUUUCAGUGAAGUCAAGUGGAACACCACAGCCAGAGUUUUUAGUCACAUCCGUUUGGGCUUGGGCCACAUUCUGAUUAUAGUUCAGUGUUUUAUUUCUUCAAUGGCAAAUAUCUAUAAUGAGAAGAUCCUGAAGGAGGGGACACAGCUCACCGAGAGCAUCUUCAUACAGAAUAGCAAGCUUUAUUUCUUUGGCAUUGUUUUUAAUGGGCUGACCCUGAUUCUUCAAAGCAGUAACCGUGAUCAGAUUCAGAACUGUGGGGUUUUUUAUGGCCACAAUACAUUUUCAGUAGCCCUUAUUUUUGUAACUGCUUUCCAGGGCCUUUCAGUGGCUUUUAUCUUGAAAUUCUUAGAUAACAUGUUCCAUGUCUUGAUGGCCCAGGUGACAACUGUCAUCAUCACAACUGUGUCUGUCCUGGUCUUUGAUUUCAGGCCCUCCCUGGAUUUUUUCCUAGAAGCCCCAACCGUCCUUCUCGCCAUAUUUAUUUAUAUUGCUAGUAAGCCUCAAAAUCUAGAAUGUGUGCCUAGGCAAGAAAGGAUCCGAGAUCUAGGUGGCAAUCUUUGGGAGCGUUCCAGUGGGGAUGGAGAGGAGCUGGAAAGACUUACCAAAACCAAGAGUGAUGACUCAGAUGACGACACUUUCUAAUUGUCCCUGUCUAUUCGUGGUUGACGGCUCCUACAAACUAUGUUUGAGCAUUUUCAACAUUUGUGGCAAUUGUCUUUUCUGAUAAAGUGAUGAUGUUUGAAAGCAUAAUACUCUUUACAUGUAUCUAACCACUGCAUAAACCACUCCGUCCAAGACUUAGAGCAGCCACCGGGUGGCAGGUUUCUGAGGCAUGAACACAGGACUGUGAAUACCCAGUGCUUGAUGAGCAGGACACAUCUGCAGAUUGUGUUCCUCAUCCUCCAGGUUCCAGAAAUCAUGGUAACUAGACCUGACAGAUGCUAGUGGAGACCCUGUGCCAGAUACUAGGGUACUAGUCAUGUAGCUUAUUGUUUGCUGCGGUCUCCUCUAUUUCUCUUUCCCUCUCUCUACCUCUCUCUCCCUUCCUCCUCUUCCUACCUCUCUUCUACUCUCCCUCAUCCCACCUUCCCUCCCCUCUUAUUGUUAUACAUAUUGUCUAUGUUGUCCCUCAGAUUUCAAGGUCUUAGCAAUAGUCAUUUUGUUUAUAUUAAAGCGAUAAGACUCUAAAAAUUUGGGCGGAUAGACCUAAGUAUCUGGCUCUGCCAUAGAAUUUAGAUAACAUCCUUUGUGACAUUUUUUAAGCUAUUCUGAAAUAAAAUAUCAAAGUUUAGGGUUUUUUUAGAACUUAUGAGAAAUUUUAUUCUUAUCUUUUUUUAGGCUUUAUUUGUGUGAAUGUUGUUCAACAAGUUAUCAUAUUACCACUUGUCUUUUAAAUCACCUAAGCCAUUGUGAUUUUUUGUUUUGUUUUGUUUUUAUUCCAUUUUCCUCAGUUUGUACAUUUACAAAAUCUUGGCAUCAUUUACUUUUUGAUGUUGAGUUAGUCUGUUGAGAAUUAAGUUGUUUUACUUUUGGGUUACUAAUUGGACCUUGUAACGGUUAGCUAUCUUUGUAUAAUACCCUGUCCUAAAAGUCAAGACCCUGGCUUCAGGACUCCUUUAUAAGAAUCCUUUUUUUAAAAACAAUAAUGACUUUUAAUGACAGAGUAGUGUUUCUCUAGCAGAGGACCAGUAAUCAUUAAGUCAGCCCUAGCCUUAGUUCAUACUUAGAAGUGCAUGGUAGUUUUCAAGAGAUGUUUGCAUGCAGCCAGUCGACUCCUCACUGACUAAUUUAGAAGUUAGAGUGAUUUGUCCCAGGCCCUACAGCUAGGUUGUGACGGAAACAGGCUUCAAGCCUGUGUGUUUACAAAGUCCUGCUGUAGAUGUGAAUUACCAUGCAGUUUGCACUUUCUGUCAAGUUUCCAUGUAUUUAUAUAUAAGAAGUUACUAUUACUAAAAUCCACCUGUGUACCCAAAAUAAUAUAACUGGCAAUAAUUGCUAAAACUUUUUUUUUUGCUAAAACUUUUUAAUUCAAAUAAUUACCAAACUUGUAUCUUGUGUCUGUUCUGUGUGGUGAGAUGUGAAGUGCUUUUAUAUAUAUAUAAAAAAAAAAUGGAGCAAGGCGAAUACUCAAGUAACUUAAAACUUUGUCUUAAACUAAACCUUGUCUAAAGAAUGGUUAAAUUCUCUGCCUUAUCGUAGGUAUUCUCAUAAAAUGGGAAAAUUGUAUCCACCAAGGUGACAGAUUUUAUAGAUAAUGAAAGUAAAAUAGAGCAGGACCUCUCUUAAGGAGCAAGAGCAUGCAAAUCAUCUCAGUGAGUGGAUGAAACUCUGCAGGUGUCACCUGCAGGACAUAGUGAUACAGGUGUCAAUGUCUGAGGUGUGUGGCAGUUUAAUUUUUCAUAUUCACAGUUACUUUUUACAUGCUAACUUUUUGGGAGACGGUCAUUGUUCCCCAUCAGGCUGAGCUGGAGCUAAAAAAAUGUCAGGUAGACACACUGCAGUCCUUGAGGGCAUCACUGUUUUCAGAAGGACAGAAGAAGGUAAGAGGUCCAGAAACCAUUUCCCAGGUACUGAUAGAGUCAGGGGAUUGUAUGACCUGGAAAGAACAAUUGUCACACAAAAAGAAAUAGACAUGGUUCCAAUUCCAGGAACUAAAUGGUGGUUAGGUUAUAGAGUGACCCUUUCAUGCACAUGGGAUAAAGCUCCCAACAAAUGGUAGUUCUCAACAGUGAUGAAGAAAGCAAGAAUGCAGAUGCUGGCUGUACAAGGAAAGGUGGGUUAGACCUAGAUCCCAAAUCCUUGCCUAGCUGAUUCUUGUCCCAUAAGUUUUCAAGAUCUAUUUACAGAGUGGCCCUGUCAGGGCAUAAUUGCCCAUCCUUACAGCUGAGGCUUGUUUGGUUCUGCCUCUGAAUCCCUGUGUGGAGGCCCAGUUGUUUGUGAUAAGAACUAGAUAUGGUAGCUUUGUAACUGCUAGUAUUGCUGUAAUCCUUUCUGUGUAAGCCAACUGGCUAGAUGCACCCAGGACCUCCUUGGUACAUUUUCCCUUUACCUUUAUUUAUGAACUCUUAACAUUCCAAGCAAAGACGGUUAAACAUAGUGGGUAAGAUGGUGAUUUUUCCCUUGCUAAAGCUUAGAUCAGAAUUCUUGAAAGUGAGUAAAUUAAAUUUCCACUUUUAUGCAUCACUAGGUAUGCUAAUGCAUACUUUUUUAUUUUUUUGGUUUUUCGAGACAGGGUUUCUCUGUGGUUUUGGAGCCUGUCCUGUAACUAGCUCUUGUAGACCAGGCUGGUCUUGAACUCACAGAGAUCCACCUGCCUCUGCCUCCCAAGUACUGGGAUUAAAUCACUGUAUUUGGGAGAAAGUUAAGAAAGCUAAGGAAUGAAUUAAGCAGUUAAAAGUUUAAUUUUUAGAGAUACUGUAGGUGCUAAUACUGGAUUUAAUCUUUCAGAUUUAAUUUGUUUUCUGGGCCUUGUGGUUAUUCAGUAAUCCCAAUAGAUCUGUGUAAUAAUUUAAUUGUAUAAACCUUAUUUGUUCCCUUAAAGCCUAUACUAGUCUGUCUGCCUUUUAAACUUGUUGCAAUAACUUUGCUGAAAUAUUAACACAUUAGUAAAACUUUUCUUAAAUAAAAAAAUUUCCACUUUUAA